CUUAUAGGUUAGGUUGGCAAAGAGUGGAUGACUCUGCAGGUCUCUACUUCGUCUAGUGCAUACAUACGGUAGUUACAUAUGCCCCGCCGAAAAUGUACUUGUCGGGGGUCUUUAGUUAAGGGUUUCGAAAAUGGCCGGUCAGGGAUGCCGUUUUUGGCGAGCCCAAACACUGGGACACACACUGUACACACAGCUGGGUGUAAUUUUUUUCUUCCCAUCCAGAAGUUUUCGGUUUUCAACGGCAUCGAGCCUGGGUGAGGUUCGACGGUGAAACCAUUCAUAUCAGAGCUGGGCAUACUGCGCCGCAAAAUAGUUAUGGGCAAAUCCCGGCGGAACAGGGUGCGGGGGAAUCGCACCAACCCCAUUGCGAAGCCAGUGAAACCACCGUCGGACCCAGAGCUCGCGAAGCUCCGCGAGAGCAAGAUCCUGCCGGUGCUAAAGGACCUGCAAAGCCCUGAGGCAAAGUCCAGGACGGCGGCUGCCGGUGCAAUUGCCAACAUUGUCCAGGAUGCCAAGUGCCGCAAGCUGCUCCUCCGAGAACAAGUGGUUCACAUCGUCUUGACCGAGACGUUGACCGACAGUAACAUCGACAGCCGUGCGGCCGGCUGGGAAAUCCUCAAGGUGCUGGCCCAGGAGGAGGAAGCAGACUUCUGCGUGCACCUGUAUAGGCUCGAUGUUCUGACGGCCGUUGAACAUGCUGCCAAGGCGGUCCUGGAAACACUCACUGCAACGGAGCCGGCCUUUCCCAAGCUGCUGAAAGCACAGCAACGCCUGGUAUGGGAAAUCACCAGCUCCUUGCUCACCCUGCUCGGCCUUCUAGCACUGGCCCGGGAAGAAAUUUUGAACGCCAUAGUCGCAAACCAGAUUCUGUUGCGGCUCCUCUUCCGGCUUGCCGCGACAGACAUCGCACCCCACGAUGUCUUUGAGGAAGCCCUGUCCUGUCUCACAACCUUGUCCGAGGACAACCUCCAGCUGGGGCAGGCUAUGAUCGCUGAUCAGGAGACGCACUGCUACGACGUGCUCCUGAAGCUCGCUACCGGAACUGGCUCGAAGGCCGUGCUUUCCUGCGGCGUCCUCCACAAUGUCUUCUCCUCACUGCAGUGGCUCGAUCACAGUCCAGGGAAAGAUGGGGCAUGCGAUGCCGUCUUAGUCCCUAGCUUGGCGCGAGCGCUGGAACAAAUCACGCCCGGCAGUGCGAGCACUAACGGCAGCUCCAGUCUGGGCGGGAUCGCCCAGGUCGCUCUGGAAAUAUUGGCGUCCAUCGGGACCGACUUCCAAGAGACGCUCGAGAAAGGCAACCGCGCGCCGGCCGGGCCCGCUAAAGCUGAGGAGGAGUGGAAUGGCUUUGAUGACGCAGACGCCAUGGAUGUUGAUCAGGGUCCCAAUGCCGACCAUGAAGAUGCAGAUGGGGAGGAUGGCGAAGGCGAGGAAGAGAACGGAGAAGAAGAAGGGGACGACGACUCGGUCAACUCCGACAUGGAAGCCGACAUGGCCCUGGUUACAGGCGGAGAGGGGUCCGGAGCGAGCGAUCUCGACGACCUGCCCACACUCCGCGAGCUGAUCCAGGUGGCCGUUCCCCAGCUGAUCCGACUAUCCAGCAUCCACACCGACAGCGAAGAGACGGUCGCAAUCCAGUCCCACGCCCUAUCCGCGCUCAACAACAUCGCCUGGACCAUCUCCUGCCUCGAGUUCGCCAACGGGGAGAACGCGCACAUCUUCGACGCCUGGUACCCAGUGGCCAAGAAGAUCUGGCGCAAGACGAUAGCGCCCAUCCUCGAGGCCGACAGCGCCGACCUCAAACUCGCGACGCAAGUGACCAGCCUCGCCUGGGCGCUCGCCCGCGUUCUGCAGGGCGAGACACCUUCAGACGCCGGCAACACCCAGCACCGGAAGUUCAUCUCGCUCUACCACGCCUCCAAGGGCCGGGCCGCGCCACAAUCCGAAGGAGAAGAAGGCGCACAAGAAGCACAGGACCCGUUCCAGGGCCUCGGCGUCAAGUGCAUCGGCGUGCUGGGCUCGCUGGCGCGCGACCCGGCGCCGCUCGAGGUGAACCGCGAGGUGGGCGUCUUCCUCGUGACGCUCCUCGCCGCCGCCGCUGCAAACGUUGACGGCGACGUCUCGCAACAAGAACAACAGCAGCAACAAAAGACACCGCCCGCCGACGUCGUCGAGGCGCUGAACCAGCUGUUCGACAUGUACGGCGACGAGGAGGCGCCGUGCGAUAAGGAGGUGUUCUGGAAGGACGGCUUCCUGAAGCACCUGGAGGAGUUCCUGCCCAAGAUGAAGGCGCUGACGAAGGGGAUCGACAAGAGGACGCAGGAGGAGCUGCGGACGAGGGCGGACGAGGCGCUGCUGAACCUUAGGAGGUUUGUGCAGUAUAAGAAGAAGCAUGCGCCGAGGUGAGGGAGGGCCGUGAGGACACUGGGUGUUUGGAGGGUUGUACUUUGCCAUCAUUCAUGAGAGACCCGCACUCUUGGGAGACUAGUUGCCGCGUC